UAGGAGGCGAUGUUUUUAAAAAACCCCGUCGGCUGAACUGUAGAGAUUGACUUGCACAGCAUAUUUACCACUUCCUCUUUUCUUGUGUGAUUUACAUCUUUUACACUCUCAUCAAAAUUUUAUCGUCACAUUCUGCCGCCCACAAUGCCUCACAAUACUCUGCAAAAAGUCACAGUAGAUGGUCGUGAAGUUGAUGUUGCUCCUCUUGAGAGCAUCAACUACGCGCGCCUGAUCAGUAAAGACCCGCUCGAGAUCGAAAAACUCAUUCAGGUCUGCCAGAAGCCUGGAAUCUUUUGGCUUGAUCUCAGGGAUGAGCCAACUAAGGAGUGGCUCGCGGAGUUGAAGGAAUUGUACGCUGUCUCAGAAACAUACUUUGACCAGCCGAAGGAAGUGAAAAUGAAGACUUUUGAUGAGCAGGAUGAUGGCGGGUAUGUUACUAUCCUAACCUGCAGAUCUAAAAAUAUAUUCUAAUUUAAUUGCUAGAUACAAACCAGGUGAACAUGAAGAAACUUUCGAGGCAAGGUCUCCAAUUAGUUCUUCCUGAAGCUUGUAUUAACGCUUGCCCAGAUUUUCCGCGACGACAUUCUCAAGAAGCAGCGCACUCUUCCCGGAGUCUUGGGCGACCGAUCUCAACUGCUUGAGCAGUUCUCUUCAACUGGUUACUCAGUUGUUCAUACGCUGCUCUCUUCAUUGUCAGGUACUUUGAACACUGAAUCCGACAAACGACUCGAGGAUUUCCACCGUGACGGCGAGCCCAGUGGCACCGGUCUCAAGUUGGUUUACGAGCCCCUCAAACACAAGAAGUCUGAUGUAGUGGACAAUAAGCACAACGACAUGGGUACCUUGACGUUAGUUUUCAGUGAUCAGUGGGGCGUCGAGAUUGAAAUGCCUGAUACGAAGGAAUGGGGUUUUGUGGUGCCAAAGGAAGGACAUGCGCUCGUUAAUGUUGCCGACUCGUUGCAGGCUAUGUCUAAGGGCAAGCUUCAUUCCCCUCUCCAUCGGGUUACUCAACCGUCCGAUGGAUUUGAGAAGAGAUAUUAUGUUGUGUACUUUUUGAGACCCGAGAAGGCGGCUAAGUUUUGAGGUCUUCUGGAGUCUGGACGCUCGAUUAGCUGAGAUGAGAAUCAGGGUCACAGGACCUUCAAUCUACAAGUUUUUUCUG